AUGAGACAGAAUGAAUAUUCAGGAUCAGGAUUCUCUGAAAUUGAUCCCAACAAGAUAAACCUGCUGGAAUACCCCAAUGUGGCAAAAGUACCAUGGACUUAUGCAACACUUAUGCCAGGAGACUGUAUUUACAUUCCAGCAGAAUACAUACAUCAAGUCAGAUCUUACAACAGAACCAUAUCAGCCACUAUCCUGUUCACAUCUGGACCCCUAGUGGGUGCACCAUUUGAACCCAAGGGCUGCAACAGAGAAGUGUUUGAGUACACACCCCUCAGUGAUCUCAGAGUACAUUGGACAUACAACAAGGGUGACAAACACAUUGAGAUGGGCUACAUGAACAUAGAGAUUCUUCGUUACAGCAUUCUAGCGACUAUGCAAGAAAAAAAUGAAGGGCUAUUGACAAAGGAGUCAUUUGCUGAAUUAUGGGAACAAUAUGAAGAAAAAGCACAUGAACAUGACAAGGAUGACCUGAGCAAAGAUCCCAGGAGAAUUUUUGAUCAGUAUUUGGACACUGGAGGCAGAGGAUUCUUGACAAAACAUGACAUAUUACAAAUUUCACGAGAAACUUUGAAAACAAUAGCACGUUUGGUUGAUCCUCCACAUGGCCCAGAAGCUAAAGAGGAAGAAAAUACCAGCUUGGAUGAAAAACUAGCAUCACAUGAAGAACUCUGAUCCUAAUGCCUAUCAUUUAAUUAAUAAAUAUUUAAUUUAUAACAAGCAGAGAGAAGAGUAAUGUUUUUAUAUCUCACUGCAGAACUAAUUGUUUAUAAGCUACAAGCAAAUGUAUACCAUGGCUUUCUCAGAUAUUAAGAGGCCCUGCACCUAAGAAACGACCGAUGAUUUCCGGCUAAAAAAUAAAA